AUGCAGUCUAUAGACGUCGAUGUGCUUGUAUGCGGAGGGGGAAUGUCAGGCAUGGCCUGCGCUUCCUUUGCAGCACAAGCCGGAGCUCGAGUUCUCGUGGUUGAGAAGCAGAACAAUGUCGGCGGGUCGUCAAAUUAUUCGGCAGGAAUGUUUUGGGGUCCUCAGACUUACGAGAAACUAAGAUCCUGGGUCCCUGAUGGAGAUCCAGAACUUCAACGUGCAUGGUUGGCCGACUAUUUAUCUGCUGUGCAAUGGAUGCGCGAGAAGGAUGUCCCUACAGCACCACGAUUUGACGGGAUCAUGACAAUCGGGAUUGGUUUUCCAAUCAAAAUCCCCCACCUACACGAUCUUCAUCGCAAGCGAAUCGAGUCAAGCAAUACCGGCUCAGAGAUCUGGACAAACACUAUAGUGGUCAAACUCCUUCAGGAGAACCCCGGUGUUCAAGGAUCUCGCAUCAAGGGCGCAAUUGUUUUUCGCGGGGGUUCAAACUACCAGAUCACAGCCAAGACCGUCGUUCUGGCGACCGGUGGGUUCCAGGGCUCAUCUAGCUUGACGGCACAAUACCUCGGCCAGGGUGCGGAUAACAUCUUCGUUCGUUCGAACAAGGGCUCCGUCGGCGAUGGUCUGAAUCUGGCGGUCGGGGCUGGCGCAGCAACAAGUAGGGGCAUGAACACCUAUUAUGGACACCUCAUGGCCGCACCUCUACGAGCAGACCAGGUCGAUCCCAAGGACUAUCUGCCACUGGCGCAAUAUCAAAGUAAAUAUUGCCUCCUCCUCAACCAGGCCGGCCGUCGUUUCGCCGACGAGACUACCGGGGACGAGAUCGUCAACCAAUAUCUCGCAAAACAAGAGAAGCGGCGCGGUUUCUUGAUUUUCAACGAAAAAACCCGCCUACAGCACUGCGUAUCAGCGCUAUUCCCCAAUGCAGGUGAUAUCGAUCGUCUCCAAAAAGCCCGUGAGCAUGGUUGUAAUGUCGGGACCGCAUCAACACUGGAUGAUCUCGUUCGAAUUCUCGCAGGAUGGGGAGUCGACAGCGUCGGGGCUAAGCGAACGAUUACACAGUACGACAAGGUAGUCCGCUGCAAUGAUGCUGAACAGGGUCUGGAUGCCCCGAUUGGUCCGGUACCUCCCAUGCCCCUGGUAGAAGGCGAGGGUCCAUUUUACGCGAUUGAAGUCCAGCCAUCGAUCACAUUCACAUACGGUGGAAUAAAGAUCGAUAAAGAAGGCCACGCCCUGACCGCGGAUAAUAUCCGCAUUCCUGGACUUCUUGUUGCAGGCGUUGAUGCUGGUGGUUUCAGUAAUUUGGGAUAUGCGGGCGGACUGGCGCUGGCUUUUGUGACAGGUUUCUGGGCUGCGAAGGAGGUUGCAAAGAAUUUGAGACUUCCCCUUCCUGAGCUUCCACCAGCUGAUCCGAGAGAUGCUGCUGCUGUACCGAUUAAGGGACGUCUCUAA